AUGUCAAAUAUCAAAUAGAUGAGAGAAAAGUACGAAUAAAUCAAGGCCAUGAAUCCCAAAAGAGCAAGCAGUGCCAGAUCCUAAGUCAGUCAAUCCAGAUUACAGCCUGAAAUGUGUCACUCUCAACAGAGACUCUAAAACAGUUAAUCGUUAUUAUGUAGUCCUUGCUAUAAUCAGAAAUUGUAUGAGCAACGAGAAUACUUGAAGAGACAGCAAAGCGAAUUGGAAAAGGUUGUAUAUGUUAUCAAUUUAUAGAACUUAAUGAAAAGGUAAUUGGAAAUCAAUCUGCAGGAAGAGUCAUACAAGUCCCAAAAGGAGAAGUAACAGAUAAUCCAAAGAAAACAAAUUGAAUAAUUCAAUCUCCAAUUAUCCAGUUAAUUCUAGUUAAAGAAACAGGAAAUUCAAUCACAACAGAAGGCCUAACAAAUAGAAUUUGAAAGGCAAGUGAUAAGAAAAAAUCAAGAAAUUGAGGAGUAUGAAAAGGCUUAAAAGCUACAGAAAAUAUAGAGUCUCGGAUAGCAAUUAAAAGAGUAGAUUGAAGAGAAGAAAAGGCUGACUUAGUAGGAUUUUCAUUAACACAAUGGGAUUACUGAUGAUCCUUACUGGAGACACUAAUCUUAAGGAGAAAAGGAAGUUUAACAAAGGAAGAAUUAUCAAUAACAAUAUGUCAAUAAUAAUUGGACUCAUUUUGAAAGAGAAAGAUUAAAAAAGAUUAAUUAAGCGAAACUGGAUUAAGAAAAAGAUAUACAAGACAGAGUCAGAUCCUUAAGGGAAUAUCAUCUAUUCUUAUAAUAGGAGAAAUAGGAAAAAAUGAAUUCAUAGAGAUAGUUGAUCUUGGAUUUGACUGAAUAAGUCAAAAGAAAAAGAGAAAGAGAUUAAUAAGAAAAAUAACUGAAUCAGCGUUUGUAAAGGGAGAGAGAUCAAUAAGAUUUAUAACAAUUGUAGGAACGAGAAUUAAAGGAGAUUAAAAAUAAGAAGAGUGUCAGUUAAUAAAUGAUUUUGGGAUUGGAGAAUCAGCUUAGUUACAAGAAAUCUAAUUAGCGAAAGACUUAGGAAGAUUCUUGCAAUAAUACACUAUUACUAUAGUCAUAAAUAAAUAAGUAAAUGGUGCCUUGUUCAAAAUGUAAAAGGUGCCAAGAUCCACAAUUUUUGAGUAUAUUAUGA